UCGUUUAAAAUCAAUCAAGAAAAUUGAGACAGUGAUAGAAAAAGAUUGUUCCAAAUUAUUGUUGUUUUCUUGACUAACAGUAAUGAACAACAGGCAAGAUAUAUGGUAAAAUAUAUAAAGAAAUUAUUCACGUGACAUUAUGAAUUGUUUCUUGUUUUGAUUUAUCAGUUGCACCACGGUACUGUCGAAGUGUAUAGGUUUUCGGAUGUGACAUCCAAGGUCUUUCUCAGAGUUUUGAAUCUGACUCAGCCAGGUAUACUAUGCAACACCUUGUAAACAAAAAACUUAGAACUGAUGCAGCUGAUCAGCAGAUAUGUCCACACAUAGAACCAGUGUUAGCAGAUAAAUAUCUUGCUGCUAUAGAACUAGAUGACGUGUAUGUAUGUCAGGUUACAGAGAAGAAGAAAACAUCUGAAAUCCUGAGGCAUUUAACAGUCAAAUACCCGCUGGAUCAGUAUCCACAUAUAAAGAGAGUAAAGUCUAGUCAAGCUAAUGGAACAGCAAAUCUACAGAUCGUUAUCUGUAAGAAAUCAUGUCAGUCGGAAGAAGAGAUCAGAUCUUUACUGGAACCGUUUAAUGAUAGUAUUGGAGCUGUUGGUGUGGUCAAGAUUCCAGCAAGCCCGCCACUCACACGGAACCAAUAUAACAACUGUAUACAAUACUGGCCUGUCAACUUCCAUGAAAAUAAAGUAAUCAGUCGUCUGCUAUCUGGCACAUUCUUUACAGACAAAGAGUUGAGAGUAAUCAGCAAUCAUAUGGUAGAGGCAAUCAAAAUGGCACAACUAGCUAAAUGCAGUAAACGGAAACCUAUAGGAGCUGUAAUAGUGGAUCCAUUAACAGACACGGUGAUAGCAAAGGCUUAUGACAUGCGAGAAGUUUCUCAUCCUCUUCAUCAUGCCACAAUGGUGUGUAUAGACCUGGUAGCUAAAUCUCAGGGUGGAGGAAUGUGGAAAUAUCCACAAGAGGCUGACUUCUAUUCUGCUGAGUCUGAUGUGAAAGAAAGGAGAUCAGAAGAGCCAGAAAGUAAAAGAGGACCAUAUUUAUGUACAGGAUACCAUAUGUAUGUAACACAGGAGCCUUGUGUCAUGUGUGCCAUGGCUCUUGUUCACUCCAGGAUACAGCGUGUAUAUUAUGGUAGUUGCCAACAGGAAGGGGCUCUGGGAUCUGUGUACAAAGUUCACGCACAGGAAGGGUUGAAUCAUCGCUAUGAAGUAUUUAAAGGUGUGAUGAAAACGGAUUGUGAUGAUUUAUAUAACAAUAUAACAGACAGAUGAUAUAAUUAUAUUACACAAUGGCUAGUACCAAGUAAUGCUUGGUUAUUAUUAGCUGCACGUUCUAUGAAAUUGUGAGUAUGAGAAAAUGCUUGAAAUUGACGUUGAAGGAAUAGAUACUGUUGGGAGAAUAGUAUUGAGAUAACUCAAGAAUUGUCAAGAUUAUUGGGUCUUGUUGAUACAGGUUAUGAUGGGAUACGGGUAUCAUGUGAAGAUUAAGCUAUAAGGUAGAAGUUAUGGACAAUGGAAGUCCUGGGUAUAAGGUUCGAGGAUUACCAUACCAUAAAUACGCAUGUCCAUCCUUCCAUUGGUCCGUCCGUCUGUAAUCCAUGCCCACUUUAUAUAUUCUUAACUGUUUGGAUGAUUCUUUUAACAAAACUAGGAUCAGUUGUAAACGUCACCUGAGCAAGCUCAACUUGCACCUUAAGAUACACCAGGGGUAUAGUGAAGAAUGCAUGUGAAUAAAGUAUAUUUGUAUUUAGAGCCUGUGGCCGAGUGUAACUUAACUGCUUGGAUGAUUCUUUUAACAAAACUAGGAUCAGUUGUAAACGUCACCUGAGCAAGCUCAACUUGCACCUAUAAGAUAUACCAGGGGUAUAGUGAAGAAUGCAUGUGAACAAAGUAUAUUUGUAUUUAGAGCUUGUGGCCGAGCGUAACUUGAAUGAUUUUGCCAAGUGUUGAGAUUAGAGGUGAAUUGUAAUUAUUGGUUGGUUUAGAAAGUGUUCAUUGUUUGAAAAAAUACAUACAUUUUAAGAUUAAUAAAAUGAAACUUCACAGCAUAUUGUUCUUUUUGGGUACCCAAUCCCAAGGUAGCUGUCUCAUGAAAACUGAUGGUAAUGGACAAUCAUUAAGUUAUAACGUUAUUUGCGGUUAAUAAAAGUUUCCCUCGAUGAACCUAUAUAUAUAAUUGACAAGAUUGAUUGAAAUUUACAUAAAAUGUUUAUUUAUGGUUUAAAACAGCAUAGAAAAUUGUUGACAUUUUAUCUCAAAAGCCACAUUACUUGAUGUUUCCCACAGCUUAUUGUUGCUUUAUAUUAUAUUGAACUGUUAGACAGACGAUAGGUAUAGCUUAAACAUGGAAAGUACUACCCAUUAAAAUCACAAAACAA